UAUGGCAUCUGAAUGAAUCCCAAAGAAGUAAGCGAGAGCCAAAGUAAAAAUUGCCAAAGAUCUGAAUUACAAAUAAACAAAGUAUAUAAAAAUAAAACCUUUUCUAAAUACUCAGCGGUAAGUUCGUUAUCCAUCCAACUCUUUCCACACCAUGACAACACUAAUUUAUUUUUAAAACGCUUUUCCAAUUCAGGUACAGGCCUUUUUCGUGGAACCAAAACAAAGGGAACAAGCUUUACUCCAUCAGAACGGGCUGUCAAUAACACCGUCACUCUUGCCUUUUCAUGUCCUGUAUUCAAUACAGUAACUGUUUUAGCCCCCUUUUCAGAAACACAAGUUCCCCCUGAAGGGUCUAACCACACACUAGUUUCAUCCGCAGCAUAGACAUAAGUGUAACUAAAAUUAAUAAUAAG